AUGCCCGUAUCGCAUCCUUCCUUGUCGCAGGAUAUCAGCGCUCGGGAUGCGUUGGUGGAGCUGCAAGAGCGGGCCAUGUACAUGGAGCGUAUCCUGAAACACACGUUCAAGGGGAUCUCGCUGGAUAGCAAGAGUCUGCGGCAGAUGGCCAUGUCAAUCGAUGGGACUGACAAGGAGACGCCGCCUGAGGCUGACGAGACCGAGUUGGCCAUGGAAGAGGAGGAGUGCACAAUCGACCCGGUGGAGGAUACCGUUACCCACUUCUCCGGGGAAUUCUCCUACUGGAAUUUCUCCAUGCGAGUCAAGCGUCAGAUCGAGGAUAGGAUGGCCGCUUCCCUAAGCCAGCUCCGAUCCAGCUCGCGAACGCUCGCAGCCGCCAUGUCCUGCAUCCCCCCGCGCCACAUCGCCGAGUUCCUCGUCAGUAUCUUCUUCAAACACGCCGUAACCCACUACUUCUACGUCGACAGACCAUGGCUCCUCAGCCGACUAACCGCCCUAUACACCGAUCCGGGAAUCCUCACCAGCAAAGACGCCCCAGUAAUCGGCAUCAUUCUGACCGUUUUUGCCAUCGGCACGCAGUACGCCUACCUCGACGCAGAGUCCGCCCCUGCCUCAUCCCGACAAAGCUUCUCGGAGGACGAGCUGGGGACAAUGUUCUACCAGGAAGCUAUCCGCCUGCUGCCGGAGAUCAUCGAGGUGUCCUCGCUGGAGAGCGUGCAGGCCUGUCUGCUGUUCGCGGCGUAUGCGUUGCCGAUUGAUGCGGCGGGGUUGGGGUACGUGUAUAUCAACCUGACGAUUCGCCUGGCGAUGCAGAAUGGGAUGCAUCGGCGAUGCGCCGGGGAGGCGUUUAGUGCGGCUAUGAUGGAGACGAGAAAUAGGGUUUGGUGGACGGCGUAUGCGAUGGAGAGGAAAAUAUCUAUAUUCCAUGGACGACCUCUGGGGAUGCUUCGCUCGGAUGUCGAGACGCAUCUGCCGGUCGACCUGGGUGAGCAGGACUCGACGGCCCCAUAUAUGAUUGCUUCAAUUCAUCUCAUGCAUCACCUGGAGGAAUUCUAUAAAGAAAUAUCCCUCCUCCGCACCACCCAAAAACAGGACCUCCCCCUCCUGCUCUCACAUCUUGUCGACAAGAAAAAUGACCUAGAAACAUGGUGGUCCACUCUCCCACUUCCAAUCCGAAAGGACGACGCCCGGGCCCCAGUCGAUCGAUCAACAACUCACCUCAAACUCGAACACUGCCUCCUCCGCAUGUUCAUCGGCCGCCCGUUCCUCUUCUCGCGAGGCUCGCCCUCAAACCCAACCUCACCAGCUCCCUCCCCCUCAGACGCCGCUCAAAAGCUCACGCCGCGCCAGGAACUGGUGACCUGCUGCAUAACAGCCGCCAAUGACGCAAUCUGCAUCUGCAGCACCCUCCGCGACAAUGACAGAGGUCCUGGUCUCGCGCGCGCUUCGUAUAUAGAGUACAGCUCGUGCCGGGCAGCGCUGCUCGUGCUAAUCGCGUACUCGAUUCAGGAUCGCUCUGACCAUUUUCGGAAGGCGUUACGGGUUGGAUUAGAUAUGAUUCGGGAGAUGGCGGCGAGUGGGGAGUCGGCGAGAUCGGAGGUGGAGUUGAUUGAGGCGUUGGAGAGGGCGCUUGUGAGGUUAAGGUCGUUUGAUGAACGUGAUAAGGUGGGUAAAGUAGCGUCGGACUAUGAGGAGUUCAAGCAAUGGGAGUCCAUGUGGAAGCGGCAGAAUGAGGACGGGGAUUUUACUUCAGGGGCGGCGGUUGCAGGAUCGAUUCGGGAGCAAACUUGGCCGACAGGCGAGAUGGUUCCCUCGGAUAUGGCAGAGAGCAAUGAGAAUCCGGGCCCUCUGAGGUUGUUCGAUGGUGCGGCUGAAUGGGCUCUGUUCGGUGGAGGAAGUGCGUUGCCAAGGGAGCUGCAGCAUCCGGAAACGCAGAUGUUGGGGGAUUUUCUGUCUCUCCAUGAUCAGAGAUUCGACCCUGAUUUGAGUCAAUUAUUGUGA